AUAAGAACAUUCAUCGAAGACUUUCUGAUCCUGACAACUUCAACAUGCACAGCACGAUGCGCGCCAUUGAUAUUCGGGGCGAUAUUGGCCCUGCAGAGUCCCUUUACAUGACUGAAAUUCCCAAGCCCAUGCCGAAAGAAGGACAGGCUUUGGUACGAGUCAAGGCUUUCGGUCUCAAUCGCGCGGACAUUAUGCAGCGAGAUGGAGAGUAUCCCGUCCCCCCUUGGGCUGGCAAAAUCCUAGGACUGGAGUUUUCCGGUAUAAUAGAGGAGCUUGGAGAAAAUAGUGAAUCAUCAUUUAGCGUUGGCGAUGAGGUGUUUUCUUUGACAUAUGGUGGGGCGUACGCUGAGUAUGUUGCUGUUUCGACACAUAUGUUGAUCCAUAAGCCCGCUCAAUUAUCAUGGGAGCAAGCUGCAGGCAUCCCCGAAACCUGGCUCACUGCUGCAAAAGUUAUGUAUAUUAUUGGAGAGUUCACGCAUGGUAAAUCUAUUCUAUGGCACGCUGGUGCAUCUGGCGUUUCCAUUAGUGGCAUCCAGCUUGCUGUUGCUGGUGGUGCCUCAGCUGUUUACGCAACAACACGAUCUGACGAAAAAUGCGAUUUCUGCGUUAAUACUUUGGGCGCCACCGCGGCUUUCAACACCACGGACCCUAACUGGGUCGAUCAGGUGUUGAAGGCAACUGAUGGCAAAGGUGUUGAUAUAAUCGCCGAUUUGAUCGGACCCGAUGUCUUUGCUGAAAAUCUCAAGAUCGGCGCCAGGGAUGCUAGGAUUGUGCUGAUCGGAUUGAUGAGUGGGACAACAUUCAAAAAGGAAUUCGACAUGGGUCUUCUCGCCUUCAAGAGGAUUAGAUACGAGGGAUCAACUUUGAGAAGCAGAGAUGAAGAGUUCCAGCGUAAGCUGAGAGACAAAUUUGUUUCGGAGGCGCUCCCCCAGUUUUUGGCUGGGAACUUCAAAGUCUACGUCGAGAAGGUCUUUCCGUGGGAACAGAUAGUCGAGGCGCACAAGUUGCUGGAGGCUAACAAGACCAUGGGGAAAAUUAUAUGUACUAUUAACUAAAAACCUCAGAAAAAAUUUAUUAUUUGUAUUAAAAUAGGC